AUGCUUUCUCUACUUUUUGCUUUUAUGGUUGUCACUGCAUUCGAAAACGCAAGCUCGUCUUCUUGGGAUAUGGUUGAAGUGCUACUUGCAAGUGACUUAAAAUCAAAUAGCUCUCAGCACAGUGCAGCUCUGGACGAUUUCCAGGAGCUGUUUGAUGAAUUUGCCGAUACCCACAGGCUGCAUUACAACAAGAGGAAUUUUCGUGUGCUAGAAACUUACAACACCGAUGGUUUCCAAGUGGCAAAAUAUGGGCUGCGAAACACCAACUGUGAAGAGUUCCGGCAAUUCCUCAGCGGUAUCAAAGCUCAGAAGUACCACCUACAGUAUGCCGCAGUCAGAUGCGGGCCAAUGACUUUCUCCUACUGCAUGGCGUUCUUGUGUCCUCCAUUCGAAUUCCACAUGCGAGGUGGAGCAGGAGCUGUGCUGCCGACAGUUAGACCAAUAUGA